CAAAUGGUCGGCUUCCACACUAUGGCGGACGCCACUUGCACUCCUUCGAAGCACCCGCUGCAUCGCCUUCCUAGCGGCAUGCGUGUACCCAAUGACCCUCCAACAUCUUCUCGUCCACGUCGUCGCCGCGUACGCGCCGUAGCGAUGAUCCUGGACGACGUACUGUACGAUCAUUCAAAGCUUUUGUCACACUUGGCGAUUGAUCGCGGCGUGGCUCAACUACUUGAGGAAGGUGCAUUCCCGACCAACGCCACUGCCUUUGAGGCACUACAAACCUUCCGCAACGCUUAUGGACUCCGUAAACGCUUCCCUCGCUUCGUCGACAGCCUCGUGGGUGGACCACAGGCCAAAUUAACGCCUACUCAAGCCCAACGCGUCAUCAAGGCUUACUAUGAGAGCAAUGUACCUGAAGCGCGCAGUAUCACGCCGUUCCCGGGCGUACGCAAGACGCUGCUGGAGCUUCAGGAUGGCGGUGCCUGUCGCUUGGCGCUGUUAUUGAUCGGUAAGCCAGAAGUGCAGCGCGAACGACUCAAGGCACUAGGUGUGGAGGAUCUGUUUGAUCAAGUGGUCUAUGUGAGUCCCAAUCCGAGCUUAGCGCAAGUCACGAGCGCAAUGAAGCAGCUCGCGAGACAAUUGCAAGUACCGUCGUCUGCCGUCAUGUUUGUGGGUCGCAAGGCCUUCUACGAGAUCAAGGCAGCGAAUACAGUGGGAAUGCUCACUGUCCGCAUGCUCUUUGGUAAGUAUACGAGCGUGAUGCCUACGGACGAAAUGGAACAACCAAACUUCCAGAUUGAGUCGAUCGAGCAGCUUGUGCCGAUUGUUAAACUGGCAGACCAGCAGAUGCUGCAGCCUAAAAUUGUGGCAAUUGGUGGAGGCACAGGUUUGGCUGUGCUGCUCAAGGAACUGCGCCACUAUCCUGCUGAUCUCACUGCUGUCGUCACAGUAUUCGACUCAGGUCGCCACUCUGGUGCUCUUCGCAAGUACCUUGGUAUCCUUCCACCCGGCGAUAUUCGCAAUUGUCUCGUGGCACUGUCCGACUCCGAUGAACUGUUGAGCAAGUUGAUGAACUACCGAUUCCGUGAUAACUUCAUGGAAGGGUGUAGCUUGGGUAACCUAUUGCUGGCAGCGCUGACUGAUCUACAAGGUGGUUUCGAUCGCGCUAUCUCGUCAGUCUCCGACAUUCUCAACAUCCAUGGGUCUGUGCUACCAGCCACACUCGAAAGUACCGAGUUGUGCGCCGAACUCAUUGAUGGAUCCACUGUUGUCUCGGAGGUUAAUGUACGUAGCCCCUUCAUGCCAGACGAAAAGGAAGAGCCUCAUUCAGGCUCCAGUUCAUCAACAAGCAGCUCAAGUGGAUCGCCACCAGCAACACCUCCCAAACCUGAACAGAAGAUCAAGAAAGUGCCGAUCAACCGUGUGUACCUGGAGAACCCGAAUGUUGAAGCCUUCCAGCCUGCAGUGCGUGCCAUCGAGGACGCCGACAUCAUCAUUCUGAGUCCCGGUGGUUUCUACACUUCCAUUAUCGCUACGCUACUGGUUCCUGGCAUUCGUGAUGCUAUCGCACGCAGUGCAGGGGCUACCGUAUACGUGAGCAACGUGACCACGCAGAACGGCCAGACAGAUGGCUACACGUUGGAGAAGACGCUGGAAGUGCUUUCCACUUAUCUUGGUGCGAAUGCUAUCGACUAUGUCAUCGCGAACAACACCCAGCCACCGGAUGAUGUACUUGCACCUUAUGUGGAACGCGGUGAGGAGUUGCUGCUGCCUACCCAUGAAAUGGCAGCCAGUAAACACCCCGUGCUGCUUCAAGGUCAAACGUUCCAAGAAGAUCUUGUAGCCGGUCAUGUGACGCGUGAGUGGAAGAAAGCACCGAUGCUCAAGCACAGUGGCCGCCGAGUAGCAGCAAUUCUCUACACCAUCAUUGACAAGGAGAUGGCACGCUACCGACAACAUGAGCCACAGGCUUCCAGCGCAACGCCAGUUAGUGCUGCAGAGCCGAAGAAGGCGUGGAUGCCUGCUUUAACAGCGCCUGUCACGGUCUUUGGAUUGCUAGCAGCCACAACUCUACUGGCAUCCGUGCUCCGUCGUCCUUGAGGAAUACUAUCCAACAAAAGCAGAGAGGUCGACAGUAAAUAUCAAAUUUGUUUCGGUCACAUCACGUACAUAUAAGUUCUAUGCUCCCCCUUCGUCCUUCUGGAAGCACAACAC